CAGAGUUUUUCUUUUCCAAGUUAGGCCUUAAUGUUCUUGCCCCUCUACAGUUGUACAUUAAAACAUGAGGAGCAAUAUCAGAUCAUUUAAUAACAUACUUUACAGUACAUAAGUUUGCAUUCAGCUUGUAUUAUUUCUGUCAACUAUCACCUACACAAGGUAGAGAAAAACCCACAGACUCAUUUGCAAGCACCACCCUCAAAUCUUCUGCCUCCAACAUGACCUCACACGCAUCCAUCACCACCAAACCUUCCACCUCGAGCUUAGUGUCAACCACACACAACACCACACACUCCACCAUACCUACAACCAGCACAAGCACCACCAUGGGGUCUGGUUCUGUAAGUAAAGGCUCGACUCAGGCAAACAAAACAAUCUCACCCUCACUCACCACCAAGCAUCAACACACCAGCGGAUCUCCUUCAGAUAAAGGGAUAAAUGAUCGUAGAGAAAAACCCACAGACUUACUUGCAAGCACCACCCUCAAAUCUUCUGCCUCCACCAUCUCCAACACAACCUUACACACAUCCAUCACCACCAAACCUUCCACCUCGAGCUUGGUCCCAACCACACCCAACACCACACACUCCACCAUACCUACAACCAGCACAAGCACCACCACGGGGUCCAGUUCUGUAAGUAAAGGCUCGACUCAGGCAAACAAAACAAUCUCACCCUCACUCACCACCAAGCAUCAACACACCAGCGGAUCUCCUUCAGAUAAAGAGAUAAAUGAUCGUAGAGAAAAACCCACAGACUUACUUGCAAGCACCACCCUCAAAUCUUCCACCUCCAUCAUCUCCAACACAACCUUACACGCAUCCAUCACCGCCAAACCUUCCAUCUCCACCUUCUACAACACAACCUCAGACACAUCCAUCAGCACCAUCACCACCAAAUCUUCCAACUCCACCAUCUACAACACAACCUUACACGCAUCCAUCACCACCAAACCUUCCAUAUCCACCUUCUACAACACAACCUCACAUGCAUCCAUUAGCACCAUCACCACCAAACCUUCCAACUCCACCAUCUACAACACAACCUUACACGCAUCCAUCACCACCAAACCUUCCAUCUCCACCUUCUACAACACAACCGCACACGCAUCCAUCAGCACCAUCACCACCAAACCUUCCAACUCCACCAUCUACAACACAACCUUACACACAUCCAUCACCACCAAACCUUCCAUCUCCACCUUCUACAACACAACCUCACACGCAUCCAUCAGCACCAAACCUUCCAUCUCCACCAUCUCCAACACAAGCUCAAACGCAUCCAUCAGCAACAUCACCACCAAACUUUCCACCUUUAAAAUCUCCAGCUUAGUCUCAGCUGCACCCAACAUCACACACUCCACCACCACCACAGUCUUACCCACAACCAGCACAAACAUCACCACGGGUAACAUCUCAGCUUCAGGGUCCGGUUCUGUAACUAAAGACUCGACUCAGGCAAACAAAACAAUCUCACCCUCACUCACCACCAAGCAUCAACACACCAGUAUAUCUGCUUCAGGUACAGAAAACAACACUGACUUACUUGCAAGCACCAUCCUCAAAUCUUCCACCUCCAUCAUCUCCAACACAACCUCACCUGCAUCCAUCAGCACCAUCACCACCAAACCUUCCAUCUCUAAAAUCUCCAGCUUAGUCUCAACCACACCCAACACCACACACUCCACCAUACUCACAACCAGCACAGGCACCACUAUGGGGUCCGGUUCUGUAAAUAAAGGCUCGAUUCAGGCAAACAAAACAAUCUCACCCUCACUCACCCCCAAGCAUCAACAAACCAGUGAAUCUGCUUCAGGUACAGAGAAAACCACUGACUUACUUGCAAGCACCAUCCUUAAAUCUUCCACCUCCGCCAUCUCCAACACAACCUCACCCACAUUUAAAGGCAACAUCACCACCAAAUCUUCCAACUCCACCAUCUCCAACACAACCUCACACUCAUCCAUCAGCAACAUCAGCACCAAACCUUUCAACUCCACCAUCUCCAACACAACCUCACCCACAUUUAAAGGCAACAUCACCACCAAAUCUUCCACCUCCAUCAUCUCCAACACAAGCUCAAACGCAUCCAUCAGCACCAUCACCACCAAACCACUCUCCACCUCUAAAAUCUCCAGCUUAGUCUCAGCCACACCCAACAUCACACACUCCACCACCACCACAGUCUUACACACAACCAGCACAAACAUCACCAUGGGUAACAUCUCAGCUUCAGGUCUGAAAUACACCUUAUUUAUUUCUGUUUUUUUAUUCUUCUCAACAUAAUCUGGUCAAGACUAAGUGUUUUAGACUUUGUUUUAGUGGGUUGAAAUGGCUCGCCAGUCUUACGCUUUAGAAAAACUUCUGUUGGCUGUUGAAUAUCCUCUAACAUUGGUCCAAUAUAAGAUGUAAUAACCGUGUUUCCAUCACCAUGAUUUUAUGCGCAGUUUGAAGUAUCGCAUCAAAAACGAGUGAUGGAAAUGCCAAAUUUUGAACAAUUAAUUCGCAAAAGUUUUUACGCUCGCUUGAGGUGGUUUUUGAUUUUUACAAAAAAAAAAAAAAAGAGUAAAUGCGAGUAGAUAUUGGGAGAUGGAAUCAUAUUAUCAUAAAAUAUUAUCAUAUUUUGGAUCAUAUUAUCAUAAUUAUUUAACUGUAGGGUCCGGUUCUGUAAGUACAGACUUGAAUCAGGCAAACAAAAUAAUCUCACCCUCACUCACCACCAAGCAUCAACACACCAACGGAUCUGCUUCAGGUAACAGUGUCAUACUGUUAUAGCCAUAAAUUAUUGUAAGUUUUUUUUUGUUUUUUGUAAUAAUAAUGGCAGAGCCUUUUCUUUUCCAAUCUAGGCCUCAAUGUUCUUGCAACUCUUCAGCUGUACAUUAAAACAUGAAAUGACUUGACUUGAUUGACAACUGACAUGAAAUCCUGAACAUGUUUUUUCUUACUUAAUAUUUUAAAUAUGCUUCUUAGAAAUAUGUUAAAUUAAGUUAAAAUGUAAAAUGAGUUUUCAUUUCAAGUUAGGGCUGGGCGAUUUAUCGAAAUUGAACCGCAAUCGCGAUGUGAAACGUUGCGAUUAGCAAAUCGCGAAAUGAUGCAAUAUAAUGCGAUUUGAGAAAUAUGCAUAAAGGCUUUGUGACAGUCUAACCAAUUGAGCGAGCGCAAGUAUGGCCAUGCUUUCUCCGUGAGAUGCACGUCAACCAAAACAGCGCCUGGUUCCACAUUGCAAGACUUCGUGCAAGCGUCUCACACAACAGACAAGGUGUUUAAACUUGACGCAUGCACGCUGCUCAACAAUGCAAGCCUGUCUCCUUAUUUAAAACAAACUAAAAUACCAUUUAACUGGGUUGCUAAUGUCACUUGAAUGAAAUGACAUGACAUGAACGCAUUUGCAUUUUCUACUCAUUUUAAAAAUCCCAAAUGUAGCUAUUUAAUAUUUUGAUAAUUAUGAAGUUGAAUUACAGUUCUUUGUUUACAAAAAACAAACAUGCAUACAUAUCCUUCCAGUAAAACUCAAAAUAACUUUUUGUUAAAGUUGCAGCUAUAAUGAACCCACUUAUUUAAAUACUGUUACAGUGUUAGUCCAAGCUAAAGACCAUUUUACAUUUCAUACAAUAAAGCAGUAUUAAUUAUAUUCUUAAUUUCUUUUUUUUGUUUUCUUAUUUUCAUAAAAAAUAUUUUUAAAAACCCCAUAAGAAAUACAUAUAAAUCACCAGAUCCAUAAGCAGUAUCAGUGAGAUCUAACCAUCUAAAGAGGCAGACAGUGUUGGUUGUAACUAGUUACUAAGUAAUUAGUUACUGUAAUUUUAAUACUUUUUCCUUGAAGUAAAGUAAGGCAUUACUCUUAUUUUUCUUGUAAUCUAAUUACAGUUACUUCUGAUGUAACUAAAUGCUAUGUAUGGACUGUAAAAAAUUAUGCAUAAUACAAUACAAUAGCGGAUUUAACAUGGUUUUAGUUUACAAUUCUCACUAUUAACUGGUUGAUUAUUAGCAUUAAUUAUAAUUAGAUGUUGGCUGUUUAUUAAAACCUAAUAACACAUAUUAAUGCCUGAUUCUGCAAAACCUUAUUCUACAUCCUUAACCCUCACCAUUUCUACCAAUACUUAAAUUUAACAACUUCUUUAGUAUUAAUAAGCAGUAGUUGGAGUAUAUUGAGGCAAAAGUAGUUAAUAGUUAGUUAAUAGAGAGAAUUGGACCCUAAAGUGGGACCUUGUAUCAUGUACUAAAUAGGAUUUAGAAAGUAAUUAGUAAUAAGUAAUUAAAUAUUUUAUGGAGAGAGUAAUUUGUAAAGUUACUACAUGAUUAGUAGUAACUUGCGCAGGCAUUGAUUGAAGAUGUAAUUAGUAACUAGUAAUUAAUUACUUUUUUUGAGUAACUUACUCAACACUGGAGGCAGAUGCACUGCUACAAAAUUCAAUCGCAAAUCGAAUCGCAAUUCCUGGUAGAAAAACCGCAAUGAGAUAUUUCCCUAAAUCGCACAGCCCUAUUUCAAGUUGACUCUGGUGGCGUGUUGUUUUAUGAAUGACCAAGUUUUUCCUGGGAACAGUUAGCCUCAUUUGUUACUCCUGUAAGCACAAAAUAAUGCUCAAGAUGGUGUUCAUUGAACAUCAUGUUUGUUUUUUAUUAAUAAGUAGUGAAUGAUUUGUGGAUAUAUAAUUUAAACCAAAUUAAGAAGUGAGCACAGUGCACCAGACAACAAAAAUCUGAUCUUAAGAAAAACCUAAAUAUACUCUAAUGAUAAAAUAAACAUUUUUAUUUGUUCACAUA